CUUCUUACUUGCUUCUCCUUGUUCACGAACUCAGAAAAUUAGAAGGUGAGUAAAUUGAAGGAAAAAUGAAUCAAGAUUUUUGGAGAUACCUACCCUCGGAAAUCUUCAUCAACAUCCUAUCGAGACUCUCUCUUGGAAACAUCACAACUUGCAAAUGUGUUUGCAAGCCAUGGCUCAAUAUGAUUGAGAGUGAGGAUUUUAUUAAGUUGGAUCUUUCUGAAUCGUCUCCCGUCCUGGUUGUCUCAAUACGGGGCAUUGAUUCAAAUUGGUUCAAUGUUUUCAAAUUAGACGUCUCCAUUCCCGUGACAGCUUCAAAUUGGUUAAAUUUUUUCCAAUUGGAAGCCAAGCACAAGCACAAGCAAGAUCCAAUCACCAAGUUUGAUUUCCCUCACGCAUCAUCAAUAUUUGGUUCUGCCAAUGGUCUGCUCCUUCUUAAAAAUCUUAUAAGCAAUCCGUCUAGUGAUCAACUUUAUGUAUGUAACCCGAUCACCCGUGAAUUUCUUGAGCUACAUGCGCCUUGCCUACGUGACGUAGAUGGUUAUGGACUAGGAGUGAGCAAAAUAAGUGGACAACACAAGGUUGUCCUUCUUAACCCUGUAUACGGAUGUCAUGUAUUAACUCUUGAAACGGGGUCUUCAUGGAAACCUGUUUUCUUCUUGUAUGAAUGUUGUUGCGACAGCCCCAUUGGUGCAUUUGUUAAUGGCAAGCUGUACUGGAUAGUUACAAAAUUGUGGGUUGAUAUUCAUUGCAUUUGCUGUUUUGACGUUGAGAGAGAGCGUUUUAGCACUUUUGAUGUGCCUGUGGAUGCUAAAAGAAGAGAUUGUAUCAAGUGGAGGUUGUAUGCUUUGGGGGAUUCCUUGUGUUUUUGUGAUGAUGAACCAUAUGAGAAGGAGAUAUGGAAAUAUGAACAUGUUGAGAGAUGUUGGAGCAAGAUACCAUUCAUCGUGGAACGACCUUAUUCAGGAUUAUGUUUCAUCUUUAAUAAGCCUCCCCCAUUUUGA